CUUAAAGGCAAAAGAGAGUAAUUUGCUUUUUCUUAAUAUUUCCAGAAGACUCCAUUGUUUCAUCACUUCGUUCCAGCAAUGGAGAAUUUCCAGAAGAUUCCUCGCAAGUUUUGAGAAUUUUCUUUCAUCCAAACUGAAAUUCAAGGUCUGCUCAUUAACAUCAUCUGGGUGUGCAUUCUUAGAGAAAUUGAAGAAUGCAAUUGAAAAUUAAUGGCUUCUGCAAGGGUAAAGAGUCUUUUUGUCUAAAUAAUAUCUAUCCUCCACACAUUACAAAAAGACUUCUCUAGAAGCACAAAUAAAGAAAGCCUACUUCCCUUCCCUUCUCAAUCCUCACUCUUCUUCAUUCUUCAGUGCUAUCUCCUGUCUCAAUCGUUUCUCUCAGGGAACAGUUCUUUCUCUCGCUCUCCCAUUUUCAAAUUUUUGGUUUGGGUCUUCUUGGGCAAUAUCUAAUGAAAUCCUCUGACGAACCCGCUCAUGACCUUUAUACAAUCCCUAGUUACACCAGUUGGUUUUCUUGGCAAAGCAUACACGAGGUGGAAAGGCUGUCAUUGCGAGAAUUCUUCGAUGGCAGUUCGAUUACAAGGACACCCAGAAUCUACAAAGAGUACAGGGACUUCAUGAUUACCUCAUACCGUGAGGAUCCGACCCGAAGGCUUUCGUUCACGGAUAUACGGAAGUCGUUGGUGGGUGAUAUAAGUGUGCUGCACAAGGUGUUUACUUUUUUGGAGAAGUGGGGUUUGAUUAAUUUUGACCCUAGUAAUGCGGAAACGCCGGCUGCUAUUGAUGCUCCAGCGGAAGAGGAUAAAGAGGAUGAGAAGUGGAGGAUUAGGGUUGAAGAAGGGGCUCCACAUGGGGUUAGGGUUGUGGCAGCUCCUCAUUCUUUGAAACCCCUUGCACCUGUUCCGUCACCAGUUAUCAUCGGGGAUGGAGGUGGUGGAAGGGGGAGGGGUGGUGAUGCAGUGGAUUGUAUACUAAAGGUGUCGCCUAUGGCAUCGUAUUCAGAUGUUUAUGGGGAGUUGGUGGGGCAGCAGAAGAAGGGAAGUGUAGUCUGUAUGAGUUGUAAAGAACAGUGUGUUUCGGGUCAUUAUGAGUACAGCAAGGAUGCGAGCUCUAAUGUAUGCGAGAAGUGUUUUAAAAGUGGUAAUUAUGACAAGAACAAAUUGGCAGAUGAAUUCAAGCUAAUGGAUGGUGCGAACCCUAAAGCCAACUGGACGGAAGCAGAAACCUUGCUCCUAUUAGAAUCUGUACUGAAGCAUGGUGAUGACUGGGAUCUUGUUACCCAAAAUGUGAAAACAAAGAGUAAACUGGAUUGUAUCUCAAAGCUUAUACAGUUGCCAUUUGGGGAUCUUAUGCUUGGUUCUAUUCAUAAAAAGCUUAAUUUUUUGGACAAGAAUGGUGAGGUAAGUGGCGUGGAUCAAGCUAAACCUCCAAUAAGUGAGUCUGGAGAAACUCCUAGAAAUCAAUCUCAUGAGCAGAACCUGGAACAUCAACAGAAUGGAGAUGCUGAAAGCAAAACCCCUCCUCUCAAGAAAAUACGCAGGGCUCCAAUUUCAGAAGCCAGUAGUUCCCUGAUGAAACAGGUAGCUCGCAUCUCCGGUGCUGUUGGUUCACAUAUCACAGCAUCUGCAGCUGAGGCUGCUGUUACAGCCCUUUGCUAUGAGAAUCAGUGUUCAACGGACAUUUUUGAUGAAGAUGAUGAUGGAUUGGGAUCAAAUGCUACAAAGAGGGCAAGUCAAGUUGAAAGUGCUGAAGGGGAGGAAAAGCCCGCCAGAUCAGAAACAGAAGUGGAAGUCUCUCAGAGGAAUACUAUACCACUAACUUUACGUAUGAGGGCCGCAACUGCAACUGCUAUAGGUGCUGCUGCUGCUCAUGCCAAAUUGUUGGCCAAUCAGGAAGAGAGAGAAAUAGAAUAUCUGGUUUCUACUUUGGUUGAAGCACAGGUGAAGAAAUUGAAACGCAAAAUGAAACAUGUCGAAGCUCUGAACCGGAUGAUGGAGAAGCAGCAUGGCCAAAUGAAGGAUCUUGAAGAGUGUUUAAUUACGGAGAGAAUGGACAUCUUGCAGAAGAUAUUUAGUGCCGGGAUAUCUAGAUGGAGGGAUCAUGCUUUGGUCUAAUCUUAAAGCAGCAGCGGCAGCAGCAUAUAGCUCGACGUUUCUUGAAUUUCAUAUACCGUGAUGUUGUAGAGAAAACUCACCAUUAGUUUGCUUCUUUAGAUAUUCUGCUGAUGAUGAUUGUCAAUACGUGCCUGGUUCAGUUGAACUGUGCCGCUUUUUUCUAAAUUUCAUAGUUAACUGUAGAAUUAAUAGUAAAAAGCACACUUGAACUAUCACCAUUUUGUGAGUUUCACAUUUCAACUAUUAGUUGUUUCUU